AUGGCAGCCGUCCGAACAUCGUUUCCGGCAUUGUUCAGGCACGGCAACCGGAGCUUAAGCUCCUAUCCCGGUCAGCUCACAAGAGGCUUCAGAGCUUCAGCUCGACUCAUGUCCGAUAUCACUCCUAUUCUCACCAAGAAUGCUAUGACUCCCGUCGGUCCAUAUUCGCAAGCCAUCAAGACUCCUCAUGCAAUCUACUGCUCGGGCCAGCUUCCGGCAGACGCCCAAGGUAAUAUCGUGGAAGGCUCCGUAGGUGAACGCACCGCCGCCGUCUUGAAAGCGCUCUCGGCCGUCCUCGAGGAAGCUGGCUCGUCCCUGGACAAGAUCGUCAAGGCACAGAUCUUCUUGACAGACAUGAAGGAUUUUGCAGAGAUGAAUGCUGAGUACGAGAAGUGGAUUAAGCACCAACCGGCUAGGAGCUGUGUAGCAGUGCAUCAGCUACCGAAGGGUGUAAAUAUUGAGAUUGAGUGUGUGGCAUUGCCCUAG